CCAGGGCUGGGGGGGCAGAGAGGGGAUGGGGCAGGUGGGGGUGCAGGGGAGACCCCCCCCAGGGGAGCCCCGGCAGCGCUGGCCGCGGGCCGGCCCAACACAAAGCACCAUUGAGGCUGCAGCUGGGCAGCCGCCACGGCACCAGCUGCCGCUUCCCAGCACACACCGGCCCCGGCACCGCUCCCGCCGGAAGGAAAUAACCCAAGGGGGGAGCAGGCAGAAAGUGUCCCCCCCACAGCACACUUUGAGAGUCUCUCAAAUUAUGAACGUUUGUUCUGCCUCUGCUUGAUCACUGUGUUUUGCUCGCAGGCGCCAAUGACAGAUGAAACAAUAUCCAACGUGCCAAUCCUUAUUUUGGGUAACAAAAUCGACAGGCCCGAGGCCAUCAGCGAGGAGAAGCUGCGGGAGAUCUUUGGGCUUUACGGACAGACCACAGGAAAGGGAAACGUGCCACUGAAAGACCUGAACGCGCGUCCCAUGGAGGUGUUCAUGUGCAGCGUGCUCAAGAGGCAAGGCUACGGCGAAGGCUUCCGCUGGCUAUCGCAGUACAUUGACUGAUAACUCGGGACAGACACGCGAGUGUGGCUCCUCUGGACUGAUCCUCUUCACACGGACUUUUCUAUUCGAACGCGGAAGGUUUUCCAACCGCGUCACCGGCUUUGACCAAGAGACUCCUGGUUUUCGGCUGCCCUGUGGCACAGUGGUGACACACGACUCUUUUCCACGCGAUGGGGAGACAGCACCGUCCUGCACAGGGGUGCACGUUGUCCCUUUCAGUUCGGUUACAGCGGGGCUGGUGUGAUCCGGGAAGGAAAACUCUGCACGCUGCACUGUAACGGCUGAAAAAGAGAGCACGUCUCACCACUGUGGUUAAUUGACUUAAGAAAAAACAAUUAUAUUUUUUAAAGAAAGUGUUAAUGUAAACAGCGUCCCUUCUAACUUUUUAGUUUAACGUUCAUCUUGUUUAGUCCGGAGUCUGGUUAGGGUUUUUUUAAAAAAAAAAAACCAUAUUUAACGGUAUUUAGAUAUUUCACCAAUUACUGAACCAAGGUAUCACGGUAUUAGAAGUCCUCAAUAAACAUAGCGUUUGGGCUUAACUGAGCUGGAGGGUGGCUGUGCUGUGUCACGCUGAGCGACGACCAAGAGGGUGCCCGUGGGACUGACGUGCGCAAUCCGAGCUGCUUUGGUUUACGGGGAUUUGUUGUAGCUGGAGAAAAGCAGCCGCCAGCACGCCCGGGGUAGCGGUUUGGACGCGGUUCCCCUGCAGCCGGGCCAAGGGCCUCGAAUCCUCCCGCUGUGCCCGUCACAGCGAGAACCACGGAGCUGUUUGGUGGUAGUAGCAUGGAAGCGUUUGACAUUGGCGUAUCAUGAGGUUAUUAAUGUAGACUAAACCAGUUUCUUUUAUACUCGGCGGACUUUGCUGUCUGAAGUUCCAUUACUGUCUAGCGCUCGUUUUCAGUUAAAUAAAGACAUUUUUCUCCUCUGAA